AUGGUAGACUAUGAAAUUUAUACCGUUGGCUGGAUCUGUGCGCUCCGAGCAGAGCUUGUCGCUGCUCAAGAACUUCUUGAUGAAGAGCUGAUGGAUCCUGUCCCAACAUCAAAGAAUGACAACAACACCUACACCCUUGGGAAGAUCGGACCUCAUCAUGUCGUUAUCGCUGGGCUGCCUCGUGGAGAGUACGGAGAGACCAGUGCCGCAACCGCUGCAAGGGAUAUGGUCCAUACAUUUCCCAAUGUCAGAAUUGGCUUCAUGGUAGGCAUUGGUGGAGGUGUUCCGACAAAGUAUGAUGUCCGUCUGGGUGAUGUCGUGGUGGGGUCUCCUUCGUACCGCAGUGGUGGCCUCAUCAAAUAUGAUCAUGGGCGAGCUACUCAAGGUGGAGGCACUGACCUCAUGGGAUCCUUAAAUCAGCCCCCGGUAUCUAUCCUGACAGCUAUCACCAAGCUGUCGGCAUUCCACGACAGACGAGGACACAAUUUGAACCAGGCAGUUGACAAGGUGUUGACAAAGAACCCGAGGCUCGUGCGACUAGGCUACCAACGACCGCCAGAUGACAUAGAUAGGCUAUACGAUGCUGGGUUCAUCCAUCCAUCCCGUGGAGAGGAAUGCUCAGCUGUUUGUCCGGACAUGAACCUCAAACAAAGACGCCCGCGCUUGGAAAGCGAUGAUAACCCCAAGAUUCAUUAUGGUCUGAUAGCAUCUGGUAGCAAGCUGAUGGAGGAUUCCGUUGCAAGAGAUCACCUGGCAGAGACGGAGCAUGUAUUAUGUUUCGAGAUGGAAGCAGCUGGCUUGGCUAACCACUUCCCUUGCGUGGCUAUCCGAGGCAUAUGUGACUAUUCGGACUCUCACAGAGGUCGUACAUGGCAAGGCUAUGCGGCUCUUGUAGCUGCAGCCUAUGCAAAAGAGUUGCUUCUACAGAUCUCGCCUGAGAACAUCAAGCAAGAGGAAACGAUGAAGGAAAUCCUUCAGGGGAUCGAGGACGUGAAGACAGGUCUUGAGCCUCUAGCCAAGACGAGUCAGAACGUUGAAUAUUUGAAUGACGAGAGAAAGAGGAAAGACGAACUGAAGAUUAUUGACUGGCUUAAUGCCGUUGAUUAUGUUUCCGAGCAAUAUGACUUUUUGAAGCCCCAGCAACGUCAACCAGGAACAGGCCAGCAGUUCUUGAGUUCCGAAACCUUCCAAACCUGGCUGAGAACUAAGAACUCAUUCCUUUUUUGUUCCGGCAUGCCUGGAGCAGGCAAGACAAUCACCACUGCCAUCACUGUUGAAUACCUCAUUUCGAAGUUUAGAGAUGACCCUACAGUCGGCUUGGCAUACGUCUACUGUAGCUAUCAAAAGCGUGAUCAGCAAAAGGCCCAAGAUUUAUUUACGAGUCUUCUCAAACAACUUACUCUCCAUCAAUCGCCUUUGCCAAAAGCUAUACACGAACUCUACAAGAAGAAUUACAAUGGGAGAGAAAGACCUUCAUUUGACGACAUCGUGACUACUCUGCAGAAAGUGGUCAAUGCAUUUUCGACUACCUUUAUUGUCAUUGAUGCGCUAGAUGAACACGACUCAUGGGAUGAAUUUCUUUCUCAUAUCCAGAUUCUUCAGGAUAAGACCACGGCAAACAUUUUUCUCACUUCACGCCCGAAACCGACCCUGCCGGGCAAAUUGCAAAGAUUUCUCCUCGCUCGAAUCUAUCUUGAUAGUCUCAUGGAUGAAACAAAUCUCAACAGCAUCAGAACAUUUUUGGAUAACCUACCCACUGGUUUGAGAGCUUAUGCGGAUGCGUAUGAGAAGACCAUUCUCAGGAUCAGAAACCAAAGAAUGAAACGCCGAGACUUGGCAAGAAGAGCACUCGCGUGGCUCACAUUUUCACAAGAACCUUUUAAAAAGGCGCAGUUUCUACACGCGGUUAGUAUACAGGAGGGGAUGUCGGAACUUAAAGACGGGGAUUUAGAGAUCACCAACAUUAUCCUCGAUGUCUGCAUGGGUCUUGUCACGAUUGAUGAAGGGUCACGAACCGUCAGAUUGCUGCAUUUUACCACAAUGGAGUAUCUGAAGGCGAAUCCAAAUUGCCUGCUAUCUUUGGAAGCUUCAGAUAAUCCAAUGUUUGUCGACAAUCCAUCAGACUUGGAGGUCGAGAGAAGCGUUGCCAGACGAUAUUACGAGAUGAAGCUUACCACAACCUGCCUGACUUACCUGCUAUUCGACGAAUUCAAAAGCGGUCAGUGUCAGUACGCUGUGAAACCUGAUUUCAGACGGCAGGUUACACACGAGAACAGUGACCUACAAGAUCGACUUGUCAAGUAUCCGCUGUAUUCCUAUGCCGCGAGGUAUUGGGUUCAUCACGCUGGCGAAGGCGAACCAUGCAGCAAAGUAUUGGAAUUUUUGAAUAGCGAGUCUCACGUGAGCGCAUCGAGCCAGUGCAUAGCAGCAUUUCGCUGCGGCGUGGACCGCAUAUUCUAUGAUAAGAGCGUUCAUUUGGGUCGUGUUACUGGUCUUCAUUUAACAGCAUUCUUAGGACUCCAGACAGAGACUGUCUCCCUGCUCAAUACUAGGAUGGAAACAGAUGUCAGAGAUGGAUGGGGUCGCACACCGCUGUCAUAUGCCUCCGAAGAAGGACAUAUUGAUGUAGCGAGUCGACUUCUGGAUUUCCAAGUCGAUGUAGAGUCAAAGAGUAAUUUGGAGGACUACAACUCGCCACGAACAGCACUCUCCCAUGCGGCAAAGCAGGGUCAUGCAGGGAUCGUCAGAUUGUUGCUCACAAAAGGAAGAGCCACUCCCGACUCAAUGCCGUCAUUAGGAGACGGUAAAUUCGAGCGGACUCCACUGUCCUUCGCUUCGGAAGCUGGACAUCAGGAUGUAAUCAGCAUUCUGCUUGGGGGGCAAGGGGUAGAUCCAAACUACAAAGAUCAUCUUUCCCGAACUCCAUUGCACUACGCGGUACAGGCUGGACAUAAUGCCAUUGUGGGAACGUUCCUAGCAACCGAAGGUGUCGAGCUUGAACGCAAAGAUUGGGAUGGCAAGUCACCAUUACACUAUGCGGCGCAGGCAGGACAUGAGGCUAUCGUCAGGCUUUUUAUUGCCACAAAAAGGGUAGAUCCUGACCUCUCCGAUGACAAUGGUAUGACACCUCUUUCCCACGCAGCGAAAUCUGGACACGAAGAUGUUGUGAAGUUACUUCUUGCGGCAAACAAAGGUCACUCGGAUCCAUUAGACGGCAGAGAUGGCAGCCUUUUCCCACUCAUUCUUAAACCAUUGUCUGAUUCAGAAAAAUGCCAACCACUGGCAGAUAUAAUUAAGACAAUGAUAGUUAGCGGAGGUGUGUACGCGAACUGCAGAGACAACAAGGGACGUACACCACUAUUCCAUGCAGGAUUGAACGGCCAAGAAUCAAUUGUGAAAUUAUUCCUUUCUAGGACGGAUGCGGAGCCUAAUACUCAAGAUUCCGAGGGACGCACAGUUCUCAGUCAUGCAGCAUGUCACGAUAACGGGAUCGUUGAGCUGCUACUUUCUUUCAAGGGAAUAGAUCCCGAUCUAGCUGAUGAAAAUGGCCGCACGCCACUCUCACAUGCAGCAGAAUCACGGCAUGGUAGUGGUUUCCAACUGUUACUUGCAGAUGAUCGGGUGGGUGCUGACAGUAAAGACACUUUUGGGCGGACUCCACUCUCCUAUGCAGCAGGACGUAAGGACGCGAGCAAGGUUAAGUUACUGCUGGACAUCCCAGGAGUAAAUCGGAACACCACAGAUGCGUUAGGGAGAACACCCUUCUCAUACGCAGUAGAGACCGGCGACCUGGAAUCUUGCGAGCUAUUUAUUGAGGAUGUCCGCGUGGACGCAGACUGCCCAGAUAAUUUUGGAAGAACGCCACUCUUUUAUUGGGCUAAAAGAGCAGAGGUGCUUCGUAAGAAGCUCGGUUCCAAAAGAAAGAGCUAUAGUCAUCUUGACUUAAAUGCUGAAGACUAUCAGAAGCGGGAUGAAGAGGAGUUGGACCAAAUACGGAGAUUGACGAGGAAGUUGCUUGCAGAAAAAGAAGUGGAUAUUGUGUCACUAGAUACAGAUUGGCGAACACCGGCAGACAUGAUGCCAGAGUUGAAAGACUUUGUGAAAAACCCACUACUACGGCAACAGGGAAAGAAAAGGAAAGAGAUUUCGGAAUAG